AUGGGUUGGAGACACUUGUCUGAGGAUGAAGAAGACGUGCGUUGUGGUGGAAGCGACUGCGGGGGUGGAGAUUCAAUCAGCGCCAAUCUGUUUGGCAGUGGGUCGGCCCAGGGCUACAGUCCAGCGCCUGGAGGGCCGUUCUCGGCACUCACUCCGUCCAUGUGGCCUCAGGACCUGCUUGCCUCGCUUGCCCAGCCUGAGGACACUGGCUGCCACCACGACUGCCGCUUUGAUGAGUUUGGCUUCAGGAUAGAGGACGAAGAUGGACCUGAACAGAUGAGCCGCAGUGUGGACAGUGAGGAGCCUUUCCAGGAGAACCCCCAGCACAGGCUUAAGUGGAUCGCUUACCUAGAAUUCACCCACAACAAUGAGGUCGGAGACCUCACAUGGGACAAGGUGGAGCCACACCUGCCGCACACGCCCAAGCUGCGAGGCCUGCUGCGUGAAGGUGGCAUCCCACACUCGCUGCGACCCCAGCUGUGGAUGCACCUGUCGGGGGCAGCCCGCAAGAAGAGACAGGCUGGUCUCACCUACCGCGAGGUGGUGCGGGCCUCUGCCAACGACCACCUGCUCACCUCCAAACAGAUCGAGAAGGACCUCCUGCGCACCAUGCCCAGCAACGCAUGCUUCUCACAUGCGACCAGCACGGGCAUUCCUCGCCUGCGACGUGUUCUGCGGGGGCUUGCCUGGCUCUACCCAGACAUUGGAUACUGCCAGGGCACUAGCAUGAUAGCGGCGAGCCUACUGCUGUUCCUCGAAGAAGAAGACGCCUUCUGGAUGCUGUGCACCAUUGUGGAGGACCUGCUGCCUGCCUCCUACUACUCGAGCACCCUAGCUGGGGUGCAGGCCGAUCAGCGUGUGCUGAGGGCCCUGGUCACCGCCUGCCUGCCAGACCUCGACGCCUUGCUCAAGGAGCACGACAUUGAGCUGUCGCUGAUCACGCUGCACUGGUUCCUGACGCUCUUUGCGAGCGUGGUGCCCAUGCGGGUGCUGCUGCGCAUCUGGGACCUGCUCUUCUACGACGGUUCCAUUGUGCUCUUCCAGGUCCUCCUGGGAAUGCUCAGCUCAAAGGAGUCCGAGCUGCGCUCGCUGGAGAACUCGGCACAGAUCUUCAAUGCGCUCUCGGACUUGCCAGGCUCUGUGCGCGAUGCGGAGCAGCUGCUGGAGGCUAGCGAGCACGCGUCCCGUGAUGUGACGGAGGCCGCGGUGGAAGCCCUGCGACGCAAGCACCUGGCUUACCUGAUGGCCGACCAGGGGGCACACCUCAACCCUGAGCACGCAACAAACCUGCCGAAACAGCAUCUGACUCGCCGUCAGGUGAAGCGCUCCAAGUCGGUGCUGCAGCUGCUGCUGCAGGGAGAGGCAGGGGACUGCACGAAUCCGUCGGAGGAGGACGUCCGGCACAAGAACGUGCGGCAGACGGAGAUCCUCGUCGACCUCCGCGAGGCCAUCUUGCAAGUGGCGCGACACUUCCAGGCACUCGACCCCAAGCUGCAGGUGGUCAGUGUCCCCCACACACUGAGCCCGCUGUGUAUCUUCACGCUGAACUCUGACUACUCCAUGGAAAGCCACGCACGCGACCAUGAGAACUUUGCCAACGUAUCCCGAUUGCGCCAUCGACGUGCAAAGGCCCUGCUCAACUUUGAGCGGCACGACGAUGACGAGCUGGGGUUCCGCAAGAACGACAUCAUCACGAUCAUCAGUCAAAAGGACGAGCACUGCUGGAUUGGAGAGCUCAACGGCCUGCGAGGGUGGUUCCCAGCAAAGUUUGUGGAACUCCUUGAUGAACGCAGCAAGCAGUACUCCAGUGCGGGGGAUGACUCAGUGACAGAAGCCAUCACAGACCUGGUGCGAGGAACGCUGUGUCCUACAUUGAAAGCAGUUCUGGAAUACGGAAUGAAGCGGUCCAGUCUUCUUGGAGGGACCUGCCACCCGUGGCUGUUCAUCGAGGAGGUUGCCAACAAGGAGGUGGAGAAGGACUUCAACUCCGUCUACUCUCGACUGGUUCUCUGCAAGACCUACAGGUUGGAUGAAGAUGGCAAAGUGCUCACACCGGAGGAAGUGCUGUACAGGUCAGUUCAGGCCGUGAACAUGUCACAUGACCAGGCACAUGCCCAGAUGGAUGUCAAGCUGCGCUCCCUGGUCUGCAUUGGCUUGAAUGAGCAGGUGUUGCACCUGUGGUUCGAGGUGCUCUGUUCGUGCUUACCGGUGGUGCACAAGUGGUACCAGCCCUGGUCCUUCAUCAACAGCCCCGGCUGGGUGCAGAUCAAGUGCGAGCUCAGGCUCUUGUCGCAGUUUGCGUUUAACCUGAAUCCCAACUGGGAGCUGCCAACACAGCGGGAGCCCUCACAACCGCUGCGCGAAGGCGUGCGCGACAUGCUCGUCAAGCACCACCUCUUCUCCUGGGACCUCUGACUCUCUAGAGCAAGCGUGAGGUCGGCACUGGUUCAACGACACCACCGGGAAGCUGCUCCCGUUGGCUGGUGGCAUGUCUCUGCAAAAGCAGGCACGACUGGUAACCCUGCCGUCAUGGUUGUUAUGAGUCCCCCGCAGCUUCCACAUGUGUGGUAUGGCAGGUCAACAUCGGUCGUGAUGCUGACCACAUAAUGUGUUCUUUUACAUGCCAAAUGGACCCUUUUCCCUAUAUGCCAAUGAGCAUCUCCGCAUCGCACGUUUGCCCAGCUAAUGGCAGCAACAGUCAUCAUUCAAACAAACAUUAAUCAUUGACUGAGCACGCUGGUGCUUGUCCGUCGCACAUGUUUUUGUCGCAAGAGCCGCAUCUGCAUUUUCAACCCCGUAACAUGCACAACCUGUGCGUGUACAGUCACAAGCAAAAGUCCAGAGACCACGACAAGAGCAAAAAAUUUUAAUUUCUUUUAGCACAGCCGUGCAAUCUGGAAUUGUCUCAACAGAGUGCAUUGGUCGAACAGGCACAGAUAGGGCUGUAGCACUUGAGUUUCAGCCUGCGUGCCUAGGCUGCGACGAAAAACUUUUUUUUCACGGCAUCUGGUGGUCCUCAGAUUUUUGCUCACAACUGUACGUGCCAACUGCAUAACUGACUAUGCCGCCGUUAGCUUGGCAAACCACCGCCUUGUCGGAAAGGUAGCUCUGCAAUUAGGAAAAGGGUCUGUUGCAGUCGUCCAUAGCUGCUAGGGUAGGGCACUAGCCGAGUCGCACAGAAAAAAAAAUGCAGCGUUCCGGAACUGAAACAGGAUAAGACAUCACAGGGCCAUAGACGACGCAGUACUGGAGGAAUGGUUGGCAGCACUAUGCUUUGUCUCGGGCUGCUCUUGUAAAUGAGCCUCCAUAGUUGUGUUGCGUUCUGCCGCAGUCUAGAACCAUGUGCCAACAUAUGACGGACCUAGGUUGAAAUCAAGCUGUGUUUAGCGAAUUGUGUUUCCAGCCUGACGCACAGACUGGUGCCCCUUAGCAGUUUAGGUACGAUUGUUCUAAACAUAGUUUCAAUUGCCUGAACUGCUCAAGUGUGUAUGAUGUCUGGUGUAGUCCAGCAACUGGUCCAGCAAAAUUUAUUUUAUGAAAAGGCAACCACUGCAUGUUGAAAUAUUUUCACGGUUUCUGCUAGUGUUCGUUAGGUGCAUGCAUCUUUAACAUUGUUUCAAUUAGUUCAGGGUCUUUCAAGGAAAGUCGAGCACAGAUUUAGAGAGAAAAAUUUUUAAGGCCAUUUAGCUCUCGCAAACCAUAGUCAUGUUGGAGGUGGUUAUCGUUGCCACAUUUCUAGCACUCACGUUAUUGGUCGAAUGGCUCCAUACUCUUAGUAUAGGCGAUUACUCAAUUUUUGCAGAAAGAACCUGUGUUUAUUGUCAAACUGUAGCGCACACAAAAUACAAAGGAGGACAUGGGCAGAGUUAACAAACAAGCGCUGACUCACAACUCAGUUUAUUUUGGGAAGAGCCUGGUUUUGUUUCAGCGGCAUCCUCUUGCAUCAGCUAGAAUUAGUAUUUGGUUUUGCAUUACCAUAAAGCUGCCUAAUGCCAGUUGUCAGUACUUCUCUGCCUGACAGUCUCAGCUCAUCGUUCUUUUAUUAAAAAGCAGGUUAGGAUUACACAGAUAAGGUGCACUAUAUAUAUACAGACAAAAGUCGAGUCCCGCAGCGUGCCGAUCAAUCCAUUACACACACAGUCGCGUGCUUGUUGUGCUAGUCAUUCUCAUCCGAGAUAGACACGGCUACUGUGAUAAGACCAAUAGCCUUGAAGUGAAAGAUGAUAUCUUCAACUUGUCCGCAAGCCGUGGUGCCCUUUUGCGGCUGGCAUCUUGCCUAAGGCACUGGCUGGCUAAGGCACAGUUGCGAUUUCUUUUUGGAGCUUUCACUGAAAGUGCAGUAUCUUACACAUUUAAACGCCCAGUGAGAAGCUCAAUGGCAAAAAGAGUGAUAAACAUGCAAAUAAUGCAAAGGGUUUGCAGGAAGAUGAGUAAGUGAUCAACAGUGGCUGACUGAAUGAAGCCUCAACCUGGAGCCAACAUUUCAAGCAAGGGACUUCUCUUUGUCAGGGUAACAGCACCUAAUGUAGAGAGACCCGUGUUAUUCCCGUCAUGUCAUAAAAAAAUGGUUUUAGUGGUUACUGCUGCUCUAUUCAUGCUCAAUGUUUGCAGCAAGAUCGAAUUUUAUGAUCCUGAUCAUUCAGUAUAGCACUUAGCAGUGUUAUAAGCCUGUCAUGAUGGUGAUCAGCGCCCUACACAAAGGACAAAAAAACCAAGGUAACGAGGACAGCAGUGCCAACUUCCAAUAAUAGAUUCCAAUAAAAUUCGGUUGUAAUGCAGCACUGUGUCCUCAGUUACCUUCUCGGUAUUUUUGUCCUUUGUUUACGUAUUGAGUUGAUCGCCAUCAUGACUGAACUGUUCCAACUCGCCCAAAUCACCACCCCUACAAGCCUGGCUUGCCAAGAAGAAAGAUGUGAAUUUCCCUUCAUCUGCACCUCCUUGUUGUUUACAUUGCACUUCGCAGUGAGCAAUGGAAACCAAUCUCGAAGGUCAUGCUUCUUGCAGAUACUGCAGACACCGGAAGCAACAAGGUGACAUCGUAGCUGCCAUGUUGUAAACAUCACAUACUGCGAGGAGCGCCAAAAAAGGCAAAUUCACAUUUUUUUUCUUUGACUAACUAGGCAAGUAACAGUGACAAGUGUUAUAUCGAACGAUCCGGACCAUAAUAUAUGAUCUUGCUGCAAAACUUGACCAAGAACAGAGCAGCGAUAAGCACAUUUUUUUCCUUUGUGAUAUUAUAUAGAAAAAAUGCAGGUCUCUGUGCCAGUUACAAGUUGUGGCAGGAACCAGCUGAUACCAGCUAUGUCACCAGUUAUCACUUAUUUACCAGCUGGUACCAGCAAUAACCAUACUAGUGCCAUAACAUAUGGCAGCAUGGCCUGACAAAAAUAAUCAUCUUCGUCAAAGCUGUGGCUCCAGGCUGGGGCUCCCCUUUGGUCAUUGGUACAGGUGCAGUGUGAAAAGGCUGUAUAUUCCUCUCCUUCUGGUUGUACUGACAGUUCAAUACAGUGCAAAUGGUGCCACUGUCUUGAUGGCAAGUUAUAAGUGUGGCAAGUAUUCUUUUUUUUCAGCAAUAUUCUAAAAUCCUGGUCAACUCGGAAGCCUUCAUAUUCAGCAAGAAACACUUUUUUAUCCUACAAUAUGUCCACUUCCUAAUGUCCUAAAUAUGCACACAUUUUUUUUCCUGUGAACAUCGUGCAUAGCAGCUGGAAGACCAGAGCAAUAGCAAAGCAUAGCUAUCUCAGUAUGAUGACUGUUGGCUAAAAUGUUAAAUCACUGAGCAUUUAAACUGCACAUGCUCGACAACCACACUUAGGUGAAGCACUGUACGAAUCUGUUCCCUUUCUUUUUGAGGGUCCUCCCUCAAAAGCAUAGAAAGGAAUUUAGCAUUGAGCAGGGUACAUAAACAUGCAUGCACACUUGUCGGCAGCACACAGCAACUAGCUCAGUGUCCUGAAAGAAUCUUCGGGUUCCCACCCUGUAAUAGGCUGCGCAAACACAUCCUGGCAGAUGGGGAAUGCUGUCAACAUUGUGUCUUGCGAACACAAAUAUAUGCAGUCACAAACCAGAAAAGCAGGAAUGAGCAACAUUAGUCAGCUGGUUCAUGCCAUUAUCCUUGGUCGACAAAAUUUAAACUCCCAAAACAACACAGGCCCUAUACAGAGAUCAUCUUGGACCACAUUUCGUGAGCAUUUGGUUCCUCCAAUUCUAUUCACAUUUUAUCAUUUGUGCCACCUGGUGGCUGAUCCUGGCAAUUGCACGGCUUCUGUGAGCGAACGACAAAAACGCAAAAAGUGCGGAAAGAACCGUUACUAAAUACAGACCCUAGGAUUCUUAAACGUGAACCAAAAGCUUCGCACGCUGGAAUUUUCGCGUUCAGCCCGGCUCGCAACGCGUCCGCGGCAGCCGGGAAUCAAACCCGCGACCUCACACUCAACGGUUGAAGCUCGUAUAUCCACAAAGCCAGUGCACUAAAUGCAUAUUCCCUUUUAAGGCAUGUUUGCCACUGUGUUCAUAGAUUGUAACCGACUGUGUAGCAAAAAUAGAAAGGUGCAUGCUAGUCACAUCGGAGGUUUGCCUUUCACCACGAUUUGUUUCUCAAUAGUGCCGGUGUGCCACUGUUGCCCCAACCAUAUCCUGUGGGCCCUACUGGCCGUCUGAGAACCGACGUCUCCUCAUUCCGUUCACGAGCUGAAUCUAGUCGCAGCCUUUCGAGAAAGGGCUUCAUCGAUUUCUUGACAUUUUAAUGAACUCAACCACCUAGUAAUCUCACACAGCUGUACUACUUGGAUGUACCAGCUAGCUUGGAAACUCGUGCAGAGGUUAGCAGUAGUUAGACUGCUUGCUGGAAGAUACUAGCAGGACUUUGCAGUCACCGUAUUUAAGCAUUAAGCGCGACAUUCACCAUUCAAAACUUGAUUGGUGUCUGUGCUGCAUUUGCCAUAGUGCAAUUUUUAAUAUCGCAGUUAGAUUUGCAUAAAAUAACUGGUGAUCGAUUAUUUGUGUGGGCUUCUAAAAUGGGAUGCUUGUCACACGGCGGAUUUAAGCUGACUGGCCAAACUUUCCAUUUCAUUAAGAAAUGGAUUGCGUGUGCCGACAGCUGUUUUUUUUUUUUUUUUUUAACACUCCAGUUGUGAUGUCGUUGGCAGCACAUGUACAUUCCACUCGAAACAAGUUCCAGAUUUUGACAUCCUGGGAAAUCUCAUUUUUGCUCGUGCAAUCUGUAAAGCAGCAUUUGCUCUGCAUAUGUUCAGCAUCUGUAGUGUUCAAAAUUUCACGCAGUUGUGGAUGCGAGUCAUAUUUAUGUUCACUGAAUGUUUGGUUCAGUAAUGGGCUUGUGGAGCAUAUGCUAUUUAUGUAUUCAUCCGCUAUGUUGUAUAUUUAAGUGCUGCAACGGUUGUUGAAAGCUGCCAGGUGCCAUUGUUUAAUACCAACAGAUGCCCGCGGAACAUUUACUAGGAGCAUUUGUUGAUGUAUAUUUUGUUAUUUACUUUUUUUCUUUUUGCUGUAUUGCUGUGCAUUUAUGGUUUUACUCAUUCCGCUUGCUUCAUUUCAUUUUGACGUGCGAGUGGUUUGUUCAAAGUCAUUUUCUUGUGAUAUAUAGCACCCCAUGGUACAUUCCCUGGUUCUGCCAUUUUUGUUGUUAGCUUACCGCAUGCAUUUUUGCAUGAAAACACCAUUUGUACAUUGAAUGCAUUGGUACAGUGUAUUUUUACAUGUUAUCAAACUUUAUUCUAACCAUGUACAUUCAUCUUGGUUUUGUCUCCCAUGUUUCUAAACUUCCAAGUUUAGUGUGCAAGGCCAGCUUUGUUUAAAUUAAAAACAACACACCAAGCAUCGCUUCUCAUUGUUUUUAGUUUCCAGCUACAAAUGAGCAUUCUACAAAUGGGUGCAUUUAGAAAGCGAUUUAAGUCUGUCCGUACGUUUAUAUUGCAACACUGUCUCAGGAUUCUCUAAUUCAGAAGCCUUCAUGAGAUAUCUGCAAGGCAUUCUUCAGAACUGUUUGUGUAAUGGUCAAGGCAGUUGUAGAACCGUGAGCAAUGCGAGAAGGAACACCGAAUUCGUUUUCAAGAAACAUUUACUCAUGUGUAUUUUACUUUGGUUCCAGCAUGUCAAAUUUAGGUACCAAAGUAAAAUUGUGAACCAAAAUUGUAAACCGUAAUAGCACCAUAAAAUUCUGCAUAUAUAAUAAAAAAAUUUUUCCCAGAAAAUUUCGGCUCACCAAAUUUUCCCCUCAUAUGACCUCCAUGUACCAAAGUUUCUGUGGACUGAAGUGCUUAGUUUUUUUGUUUGUUUGUUUUUUUGUUAUAAUAUGCACAGUUAAAUUUCUUUCUUGAUUAAGCCCAAAAAUUGACCUUCGUGUAUUGUAUCCGUGUUCACAAUAUAUGGGGGUUAAAUACUACGGUGUGUGCCAAGUAGCUUUACUGCUGACCAUUUGUCCUCGCGCAAGACUUGUACGAUCAGCAUAGUUUUCAAGUAGCUAUGCCCUCCUGAAUUAUAGUUUCGGUCUUCCUUUUCUGGUUGCUCAUAGGGAUACACUUUUACGGGAAUUGUGUUGGCAGUGCUGAUUGCAUCACACUAUUUCAUUCAUUACACGUCUUCAUCUAUGUUUUAUUUCUUACCACUGGUACGGCUACAGAUCCAUUUCUCACUUAUCAAACCAUCCUUUAUGUCACGUACUAUCUUGAUUACGUUUGCUGUUCCUCAUGAUCUGUUGCCACUGUGUGUAUUGUCAAGUGCCAUAGUUGACAUCAAUAUUGAUGCAAACAGAUGAAGAAAUUUCAAAGUGCACUGAAGACAAACAAGAACAAACUGCGCAAGAGAAAAAAAAAAACAAGUUUAUGCACAAGUUUUCAGGCAGCAAACAAAUUUAAAACAGGCCACUAGUGCGAGAGAGAAAAACAUGUUGUUGCCUACAUUGCAUGUAUGGUUUUGAAAAUAUUCUUCACAACUUUUUCAGUGCAUCAGUAGGGUGGUAAGUACAGGAGAUGUCAUUGUUCUUUAUGCUACUAGGUCAGUAAUUCACAUUUGGUAGAUGCAAGGACAGUCCACAAUAUUUUAGAUGCUUGCAAAUCGCAAUAUGUAAGAAUUCCCGUUCUCAUGGGCACAUAUUUAGUUGCACCAUCCACCAGCCAUCUUCGAUGCUUGAGAAAAGGCCAGAGCAGCCCACUGACAUCUUCACAAUGUCAAAUUAGAGCACCGCGACGGAGACGUUACGCCAGCAUGUAUUGUCCAGUGACUGAACAGAAUGAACUGCACAGUCGCUCAGCUGAGAAGCAAGGAUAAGCUGAACGUAUUUAAAGCAACACAUACUGCUUCUCAUGCAUAGACUGUUGCAUAGAAAGACAAUGUCACCUCUUUAAUGACUACCAGAGAAAAAUAUCCCGAUGACCGCAUUUUUCAAAGCCAAGGCUGCUGCUUCGUAUUAAAUACACAAGAAAAAAAGGUUCAAUUUCCUGUACGCCUGGCAGUUCUUGCAUAUCUUGGCGAGUGGGCAGACAGUGACAAGAAGUCACAGCAGUGUCCUUGUCAAGCGGUGUCACUAUCUGGCUCUGCAUUAAAAAAUGCCAGAACUACUAAUCAAUAUGCGCCAACUAGUAGUUCCAAAUCAAACCGUAUUACUCUUUCUUUACUGUUUGGCUCAUCUACAGAGCAAUCAUUAUGUCGAUGUCAUUCUAGUCAAACAGCAUGCUGUCAUGUCCAUGAGAGGAGUUCCGAGCUGUGAAUGUUUGGCAUGUGGCGUCCUUUUUAAGUCUGUACAUGUGUCAUACUACUGCACAGAAGAAAGUUAUUUUUGAACAUGGGUUCUAAUAGAUCUAUAUAGAUUGUAUACAUAUAACACAUAUUUUGAAAAAUGGAUGUGUUCUCUAGUGGAGGUCUGCUCGGCCACCUGUACGGUCGGCGUAUUCCACUCAUACGGACUUGGUAUGCAAGUGUGAUUUGUCCUAAUUCAUGUUUUCAAUAAACAAUUUUUGUUGCCAUUUCAA